UAGGUCGGUUUGUGCCGACUCCAGGGAAAGGCCGUGCCGACUCCCAUGAUAAUAAGUACAUAAUAACACUUCUUUUAUUGCUCCCACUUCAGUCUGAACGUGACAUUCUAACCCUUGUGCUUCUCAGCCUUCGUGCUCACCAGCCCUUGAGGUGAAAAUGUCGUCCAUGAAGGCCGUUCAGCUGUCCCUCGGGGCUGCCCGCUCCCUGACCUCGGGCAUGGCGCGCCUGCAGGCCGCCUCCGCCCAGGGCAUGAUGGUGGCGAGCCAGGGUGCGGCAGGUUGAGAAGCCUGUGAUGGUGGCCGCGCAGGCCCCCAUUCUGGGCGCCUCCCCCAGCGCCAUCGCCAGCGGCAUCCGCGCUCAGGCUGCUGCCAGCCCCAUGACCCUCAAGCAGGAGCGCGCCAUGAGCGUGCUGGCUGCCUCCAAGAUGGUUGGUGCCGGUUGCGCCACCAUUGCCCUGGCUGGUGUCGGUGCCGGUCUGGGUGUCAUGUUCGGCUCGCUCAUCAACGGCGCCGCCCGCAACCCCAACAUUGCCAAGCAGCUGGUCGGCUACGCUCUGCUGGGAUUCGCUCUGACUGAGUCUAUUGCGCUGUUCUCGCUGCUGGUCGUCUUCCUCAUUCUGUUCGCUUAGACAGCGAGCUUCGCAAUUCGGACAGCUGCGCCCCGUGGUCGCUAAACACGAGACGUGGCAUCGGACUGGCUAUGGGUGUGUUGUGUGGUGAUUGGUGGCGGCGGAGGCGUGGCCUCGGGGCCGGGCGGGGGGUAAUCCUGCCGGUAGUGUAGGUUGCAGCUUAACAACUUGCGUCUGGAGGGGACCGUGUAUGCAAGGCCUAAGCCUUCUUGUAGCUGCGACAUGGGUGUGCCUGGAUAGGUAUGCGUUGCGCAGAUUAGGCUCACCCUUGUGUGCCUUGCGCCCUGGCCAUUGGUUAAGCAACGCGGAUGUUGCAUUCCACAUGCGGGGACAUGUUGCGACAAUAUAUGCGGGAUCUUGGCUAGGUGUUUCAGACACCCAACAUGAUGCCAACAGACACAUAUGUAGUUGCACUACGCUAUGAUAU